GUGAAAAUGUGUGUGUCCGAACGGAGAUAGUUAGCUAAAAAAGACCAACAAGUUAGAAUAUAAGCGAUUAAUAACUUGAUAUCUACGAUUCAAAUGAAUUUAUAAACAUUCACCGCGGGCUUUUGGACAUUCACUAGAAGAACAGAUGGACAUGACGUCUUAUUUUCAGGCCUUGGAGUCUAGCGUCCGCAGUUAUGUUGGCGAUGACCCUUUAGACCCAUGGGAUAAGUUUGUACAGUUUCUGGAGAGCAGCUUGUCGCUGGAGGAGAGGAAGGGUCUGUCUGUGGUGUUGGACCGCCUGGUUCAAACCUUCCUUCAUGAUGAACGAUACCACAAUGACCUGCGAUACGUCACCCACUGUAUCAAAUGUGCCAGUUUCUACAGCGAUCCAAUCGAGGUGUACAGUCAUCUUCACAGUCAGGGUGUGGGGACGCAGGCCGCAGCGCUCUAUAUGGAUUGGGCGCUUCAGUUUGAGAAGAAGGGACUGAUCCCGCAGGCCGAGGCGGUGUACCAGAGAGCCCUGGAGAACAAGGCCCAACCGCAGGACAGCGUGCUUCAACAAUACAAGCUCUUCCAGAGUGGAAUAUCUGCGAACGCUCAGACGACAGUGCCAGAUCAUGUGCGUCAGCCACUGCAGAACUCUCAGCUCGUCAAUCAGACCCAGAGACAGAGAGACGCCGUCCAGACUCCGUGCAAGGAGUCCGAAUGCGUCUCUCUGGCACCGAGAACAGUGCGUGUGAUCUCGCGCUCGGAGAAUAACCCGACCCGGGCGGCCGGCAGCAACGGUGCUGAGAGCGUGUCCAUGUAUUGUGUGAACGAGCUGCAGUGUGAGGGAUCAGAGUUGUCUUUUGAAGAGCUCAGAGCCAGACGAUACUUAGCUAAAUGCAGACAGCAAGAGGAACAGCGCAGACUGGCGGAGGAGCAGAGGAGACUGUGGGAGGAGGAAGAGGAGGUGAAGAAGAUGAAGAAACUCCUGGAAGAUCUGGAGAAGAAUGUGAUCGUGCAGCCAGCGGAAGAGAGGAAGGAUCAAGCAGCAGCAUCGUUCAGCAGGACUGAAACCUCGGAGCGGGUGUCUCGGCAUCAAACAGCACUGGAGCUCCGCACCGAACACUCCGCAGGGCAUGCUGGGAAAUCAGACAGCUGUCUGUCCUCCAGACACGUGACGGAAGCGAGCCGUCCCCUCAUGGCUCAGGGCUCCCGGGCUGAAUGUGUGAGCGGUGUAAGAGAGAGUGGAGGUGUGAUGCAGACAUUCAGAGAGUCAGAAGGCACUGAGAGCUCAUCCGUCCAUCACAACAGAGAUCGUGAUGUGUGUAAACAGCCGGAGGCAGAUGAUGAUGGGAAUAAUGCAGACCCAUCAUGUGGAGGGUUCAAUCACUCUCAUGUUACUCCAAACACAUCUCUGUGUUUCAUGCACGCCACACCAUCCCGAGUUCUUCCUUCCCCCACUGUCAACACACGAGAAGCUUUGGGUGUGAUCAUGGACAUGUUCCAGGUGCCCACCCUCCUGCAGGAGAGCAUGUUUAACAGUAUGAUUCAGCCUGAGGGCAGCUUUGAGAAGAGCUGCAGAAUCACUGGCGGCGCCGCCUCGUGUGUUAAACCCAGCACAACUCCGUUCAUGAUCUAUCAGGACACAGAUGAUCAGGAGAACGGAGGAUCUGCUCAGUCUGUGCUCCGAAAGAAACCAGCAGUGAGUCGAGCGCUCGCCGAGAUCUCCAAAACCAGCGAGACUCCGGUCAGCACCGAGUUCAUCACAGAUGAGAGCGCAGUGUGGGGAGCUCGUAACGUCUCGCUGGGCCCGUGUCCCAACCACACACGUGAUUUCGCUCUGUCAGCUCAUCUGGUGUCCACACCGCUGCAUCCUCGCGCUCCGCACUCGUGGGAUAUGGAGCAAAUGCAAGAAGAAAGCGUGCAGGUCGGAGGUGUCGAGAGCUCGGAGGAAAACCAAUACGUGCGGCCGCCCACUAAACUCAGUCCAAUCAUGGAGCAGAGUCCUUUAGACGACAAGCCGUCCGAGAUGGUGGAGAAUAUCAGCAUGCGGGCUCAGGGCACUAUCAUCGGCGAGGGCGUGUCUUUAGCUCAUCAGACUCCGGGUGUUUCUCUGACCCAACACAACCACAGCAGCAGACAUCCGCUGGCCGCCCUGUCGUUCCCCGACCAGACCGCCCUGCGGACGGACGACGACUCUGUGAAAUCCAUCAGCGCCAAACCCAGCUGGAGCAUCUACCAGAGCCCGGACAAAGAGCCUGGAGCAGAUCUCAUCACCUCUGAAGUCUCGGAGAGAGACGAGCAUCAAGACGCAGCUGAUAUUCUCCUGCCCAAGAGAUCCUUUCACAGGAGAAAGUCCGGGAAGAAACCACUGGAGAACCAGGACGUCCUCAUGAGUCCCAAAGCCUCACCGGGAUUAUCCUGGUUACAGGUGGGCGCAUCGGUUCCCACGGCAGAAGCAGAUCUUGAUGUCAUGAUGAGUCCUGGCAGGACUGCUGGAGUGCACCAGAACACCAGACCUAUGUGGACCAUCUACCAGAGUCCCGAGAAAGCCCCUGAACCAGACUUCCUGUGGGCGAAGAGCCCUGAGCCAAUGGCAGAGCAGGAUUCAGAUGUGCUCUCGGCUCAAGAGGAAGUCCAGUUUCUGCUUCCGAAGAAAUCGUUCCAGCAGCGGAGGUCCGGGACGGAGGCUGUGCGCAUGUUGCACGAAUCUCUCCUGAGGAGUCCGAAGCCGGUCUGUGAACCCGGCCCGGAGGAGCCCAUGAGUCCAGCCGCAGGACGAGACCGGCUGUGCACCGCCAGCCCACCUCGACCAACAGAGAUUGAUCUGGAUGUCAUGGCGAGCCCGCCGCAGUGCUCCGAGAAGCGCUCAGACGCGAGACGAAGCGUCUCGAUGAGCCCGGAGAGGAAGACUGUUUGUGCUGCGGAUGAUGUUCCCAUGAGCCCCGACGCGGCGGACACGCCCACACCAGUUUGUGUAGGUGGACUGCAGCUGGUGUCAGACCCCUGGGAUGAAGACCUGAUCGCUUCACUGCUCUCCAACCUUCAACCUCCUCUGUCCUCACAUGCCAACCUCACCGUCUGGACCUGUCGUCUGCCCAGCAUCACGCCUAAAAUGACCGUCCAGAUCGCCCGACAGUCGCUGCGGGUGGAUUUUGUUCUGGGUCAGGGAGCUUUCGCUACAGUCUAUCAGGCCACAAACCUGAUGAGCUCACACAAACUCAUCCUGAAGGUUCAGAAGCCAGCCAAUCCGUGGGAGUUUUAUAUCGACAGUCGGCUGAACGCCCGUCUGCAGCCGGCCGUGCGUCAUCUCUUUAACACAUUAUACUCGGCCCAUCUCUUCACCAACGGCAGCGUGCUGAUCGGAGAACUGCACAACUGCGGCACACUCCUGAGCGCAGUAAAUCUGUACAAGAGUCGCGGUGAGAAGGUGAUGCCGCAGCCGCUGGUCCUUUACUUCACCGUCUGUAUUCUGCACAUGGUGGAGACGCUGCAUCAGGCCAACAUCAUACACGCCGACGUCAAACCGGAUAACUUUGUGCUGGGAGAGAGGUUUCUGGAGAACGAGUGUUUCGAUGAGGAGAACCUGGAGCACGGUUUGACUCUCCUUGAUCUGGGUCAGAGCAUCGACAUGACUCUCUUCCCAGCGGGCACAGCGUUCACUGCCAAAUGCUUGACGUCAGGCUUCCAGUGUGUGGAGAUGCUGAGCGGCCGACCGUGGAACUAUCAGACAGAUUUCUUUGGCAUUGCGGGGACGGUCUAUUGUAUGAUAUUUGGGACGUACAUGCAAGUGAAGAAUGAAGGUGGAGUUUGGAAAACAAAUGGAACGUUCAAAAGAAACGUUCACGCUGACCUCUGGCAGAAUUUCUUCCACACGCUCCUGAACGUGCCCGACUGCGGAUCUUUACCGUGUCUGCGCAGUCUCCGUCUGCAGCUGAACGCAGUCCUGCAGGAGAAUUACAGCAGCAAACUGCGCAGCCUCAAGAACAGACUGGUGGUUCAGAUUCUGGAGUCCUCGCGUUCCUCGCGCAAAUGAAGAUGAAAAUGUUUAAAACAGAUUUCUUUUAGUCGUUGCCUUUUGUGUUUUACUGCUGCAUUUUAUAUCGUGUGUAGAGUCAUUGAAGCCUUUUGUAAAUUGAAAUAAACCCCGGAUCAUCUCGAUUCCCACAGCUGUUGUUUGAACGGUUUCUCAGUGACACACAAGAUGGCGCUGUUGGACAAAAACAAUUUACCUUCAAUUUACAACCAUCUCGCUUGAUCGUUUUUACCUUUUCUGAGUUUGUGCUUCAGAAUGUAAAUUCAUCCACGAUUCGAAAACACACUUGUCACCAUCAUGAGAAAUAUCUGAGAUUUACGCAAAAGUUUCAUUUCAUCUCAAUGAUUUCUUCUAGAAAGUAAGUGAUCUGAUCGUUUAUUUUUUAUUCUUGUGGCUUUUUUCAUAAGCCUGAAUCCUGAUCUCAGUAGUCAGGUCUAGAGGUGACAAUGAGUUUUGUAAUGUCUUGUCUGUCCACUAAAGUGACUUUAAAGAGAUUAUAAUGAAAAUUCUGUCAUCAUUUACUCACCCUUAGGUUGUUCCAAACCUGUAUAAAUUACUUUUUUAUAAAGGAAGAUAUUUGGAAGAAUGCCAGUAACCAAACACAUCUCAUCCCCCAUUUACUCCCAUAUAGGGAAAAUAAAUACUAUGGCAGUAAAUGGGGUAUGAGAUCCGUUUGGUUACUGACAUUCUUCCAAAUAUCUUCUUUUGAGUUUAGCAGAACUAAGCAAUCUAUACUGGUUUGUAACAAUCUGAGGGCGAGUGAAAAGUGACCAUUUUCAUUUUGGGGUGAACCGUCCCUUUAAAGGAUUAAAGGUGGUGAUGGGUUGUGAGAUAGUUUUAGUCGCUCCAGUGAUGAUAUAUGGAGUUGGAUAAACUGUUCAACUACAGUCAGAGAUCAGGUGUAAAUCCCUCAUCCUCCGUUCAUCUCGACGCGCUCUCGUCCAUCGUGAGGUCAUCUAGACCUGAUCUGUUUUCGUUUCAUCUCAACAGCUUCUCGAAUGCGUUGCCUUGGUUUCCAAAACUCAUGAAUGUUUGAUCAAAAUUCAGUCCCUUUGAAGGUCUUUUUUUGUCGCCUUAAUCAAAAUGACAUCUUCCGUCUUGCCUCUGUUUCCAUUGGUUACACCGCAGAAGGGGAAUUCAUUUUGUGCCUGUGAACAAUGUGCUUUAAAUAUGAAUUAAAGUCACAUGAGGCUCAGACUGAAGAACAAUACAAGACAUGUAGAGAUUACGUGAUGACAUCAAGCCUUCAUUACAGGAACACAGGAGGAGGACUAACCUGAAAGAAAUCAACUCCAUUACUCAUCUAGUUAAAAAAAGCAUGUUAGAUAUAUAUUUUUGAAACCUUUCGUCCCUGAGAGCAGAUUCAGAGAUGUAAAGAAAGGAUGGAUGGAUGGAUUUUCUCAAACAAGUUAAAUUUGUAAUGCUGUUUUGGAAGAAAAAUGAAAAACUGCAGUAACACAGCUGAUCAUAUGGAUAUAUACAACAAUAAUUUGACAUCUGUAGGAAAAUGUGCCAUGAGUGUUUGUUAUUGUGAUAGCAUUAUGUCGACUGUUUUUUGGGGUCUGUGUUCAAUAUAGAAGCCUAGAACUACUGAACACACAUACUUUAGAAAUACAUUUUUGUAAACAUUCAUUUUUUUCAUAAUUGUUUUAAGAUUUUGAAUGGAGUUAAAUUUGCAUCAGUAAUACUUGAGUAACACUGUUGGCAGACGAUUCAUCCACUCUUGACACAGACUGUAGAUAAAAAUAAUU